AUGCGAUCGGCCAAUGCGCUCCGUUUCUCCCCCGCCUACCUGGCGGAUUCCCGCCAACGCCGCCAGCGCACUACGCAGAAAUGCACAAUGGACGUCGAUUUUUUUCUGGAACGAUUCAUGGACACUAAGCGCAGUUUUUCGGCGCAAAUUCCGAACGGCCGUACACCUGGUGAGCGACGCUCUUCGCCCGCCCUCCGCUCCGCUCCCGCCCCCGCUGCCGCCUGCGCCGCCGCCCCCGCGCCCGCUGCACCCUGCGCUCCUUGCUCCAGCCUCUAUUUAGUGGGCGUCUUACCGACUCCGCUGCGC